AUGUCUGCAUCUCAUGCAUCCACUUCUGGCACUCUGAAUCCCGGAAGCCAUUACCGACCUCUGAAGCUGAGCCUUGCAACUAUUUCCUGCACAUUGGCAAUGGCUGGAUCGCGCGUCCGUGCAAUCAUCUCUCAAUAUCGGACGGAAGCUGCCAACAAUGGUCUAUCUGCUGACCGGAUCAAGUAUUUUAAAGCCGGGCUGCAAUGGGAGAUGAAUGUCCCUGUCGCUUAUAUCCUUAAGUUGUAUCCCAUGCUGACCUGGAACACUGUUCCGGACGACGUCUUUUCAUUCCACCUCCUUUCAUUUCAUGAUGAGCCAAUUGCAGGACAUCCGUCCCGGAUUGUGUUCGCAUAUACAUGUCCAUGGUGGAUGGGAAACACCACAAUCCCUGAUCAACCAUGGCAGUGGGAUGAAAUAAUGGCUUCCUGCGUCUCUCACUACCAGUAUUGGGCGCUUAAUGUUGAGGAUGAUGCUUUGGUACUUCCAGAGAAGUUGAAAAACACUUCGACUCCACCACUCAUGGGACUGAGAUUCAUCAAAGAACGCAUGGAAGCAUUGCUGGAGGAGCAAGAUCAGGGCAUCGAAGCUAAGAUGGGAGAGGUGAAGAUGUACACUGACAUGUUAGAGAAAUUGAGGAAAGGCAAAGGAGUGUAG